AUGGUGGCGCGCAAGGACCCCGCCGCUACAGCCGACGACGACGCGGCGCCGGGCCCCUGCGACGUGUGCGCGGCCGUCACCGCCGCGCUGCGCUGCGAGGCCUGCCGCCUCGACCUGUGCGUCGACUGCUCGCGCGCGCGCCACCGCAGCAGCCUGCACCUGACUACGGGCCGCUUCCGCUUCUUCCGCCCCGAGAGCCAACCGCAGCAGCAGCAGCAGCAGGACGAGGCCGACAGCAGCUACGAGUCGCCGCCGUCCACGGCCUCGGCGCCCAACUCGCCCGCGGCCGACGAGCUGCGCCACUGCUCGCAGGUCUCCGACGGACUUUGGGGCUUUGAUGACGCCCUCGCGCAGCGCCCGCGCAGCUUCUCGGACUACGCGGCGCUGGGCGACGCCGAGCGCUGGCGAGCGCACGCCGAGCUGAGCGAGCUCGGGGAGCUCUGGGACGCCAUGCGGACGGACUUCGCCUCGCGCCACGUGGUCGUGCGCUGCGGCGCCGGUUCUUGGGACGCGCUGGACGUGCGCCGUGUCGUGGACCGCCUCAAUAACUUCGGGGGCGUGGCCAGCACGCGGCGCGAGCUGACUGCAGGCGGCCUGCUCUUCUGCACCUUCUUCGAUCUCACGAGCGCCGUGGCUGCCGUUGACCGCUGGCGCGCCGACGCAGACGUCAUCAGCUUCUGCCUGCCGUACGAGCUGCCGGACGACGUCAACUCGGCCACGCUGCUCGUGCGUUUCGCGCUCGGCGGACCGGCCGUAACGGCCGUCGAGCUGCGCCAGGUCUGUGCGUGCUUCGGUCAAGUGGCCAGCAUCCUGCAGCCGGAUCCGCAGGUCGCCAAGUACAUUGUCGAGUACGGCGACUCGCGCGCGCUACCGGCCGCGCUCAACGGCCUCUCGCGCGCCUUCCACGCGAGCGGCUCGCUGUCGGUGGCUCGCACGACGCCGCCGACAUUGGACGUCUCCAAGCUCAAGCUCUUCCAGGAGUGCCUGAACCGGGCCGCCACGACCCACCCGCGCCUCACUCGGGCCCGCCCCAAGAGCUUUUCGUCCAGCAGCACGUCGCUUCUGACGUCGCCGACAUCGUCCGUCGCGUCGUCGCUCAACGCGUCCUUCCUGGACGGCGCCAGCAACAACAGCCCGAUGGCGUCCGCAACGUCGGCCACGUAUCCUGGAGCCGGAGAGCUCACGUCUCCAGUGCUAAUGCCGCAGGAGGAGCAGCACAUCUGGGCGAGGCCGGCGCCUCGAGCCAGGAGCAACUCGUCCUCGGCGUAUCUUGGCGGUUCUCUGUCGUCCAGCAGCUUCGGCGACUCGGCGGCAUAUUCAAACGGGUUUACGCUUCCGUCUUCAAGCAGCAGCAACAGCAUCGGCUCGUUGUCUAGUCGCGCAAAUGGAUAUUCGUCGUUCCAGCAGCAGGGUGUUCAUCAAUUGCAGCCCUCCAACAACCAGGUCUCGCCUUCCGCCUCCGAGCAGCAGCAGCAACAGGCCUAUUACGACUUUCGCGGACGGCAGCGCAUGCAGACCAAAUUCGCCCCAUCCAUGAGAAGCAGCUUCGGCAACAACGACCACUUUUUCCGGACAAGUGUGGCGUCUAGCAGCGGACACGCUGGGAAUGCACACGGCGGUGGUAGCUCUGCAGGCCGCCCGGCGACGGGGCGUAACGACAAGGGCACGGGCGAGUUCAGCUUAUCCAUCGCCAAGGUCGCGUCGGGCGAGGACAAGCGGACAACUCUGAUGAUCCGCAACAUCCCCAACAAGUACACGCAGCAGAUGCUGCUCGCCGAGAUCAACCGCAACCACCGCGGCAACUACGACUUCUUCUACCUGCCCAUCGACUUCAAGAACAAGUGCAACAUGGGCUACGCCUUCAUCAACUUCAUUGAGGCAGCGCACAUCGAGGCGUUCCACAAGGAGUUCGACGGCCAGAAGUGGACCAACUUCAACAGCGAGAAGGUCUGCGCCAUUUCGUACGCGCGGUUGCAGGGCAAGCAGGCCAUGAUCGCGCGCUUCCAGAACUCGAGUCUGCUCGAGAAGCACGAGUCCUACCGCCCGCUGGUGUUCGGCAGCUCGGGGCUGCACCGCGGCAAGCCGGAGCCCUUCCCAGCGCCCAAGCAGCUCGUCCACAAGAAGCAGACAGCAGCGCACUCGCAUUCCCCGGGAAUGUUUGGAGGCGCUGAAGACUAUGGCAGCUACGUAGCCCAUCGAAUGUAUUCGCAGCAGCCAUCACCGCAGCAACUGCAGCACGCCCAGCAGCAACAGCAGCACUCGCUUGCCGUUUAUCCUCAGCAGCUACUGGGGUUGGCCCAGCACGCAAUGCCUCCUGUCCCGACCGCCCACUUUGGCGUGCAGACACUGCCGCUGCAGUACAUACCCUCGUACCAGCAGCAGAACGACCCCCAACUGGCGUCGCCGUUUUUGUAUGGGGUGGCCGGGAUGCCGUCCGAGUACACGCAUUGAGAGGCAUUGGUGUCCUGUCCUUCCAGCCUGGCGACUCAACCAGCCCCCUGCCUGCCUGCCUCCUGCACUUCGUAUUAUUUUGUUGAGCGCCUGUGUACUCUUGUUUACUUUUUGGCUUGCUGGUUUUUGAUACAUGCUCACUGUGUACUGAUUAGUUGGCUUUAGCUCGAUAAGUAACUCGCUCCCAAAUACAGCAACUAGCAUUGUGAACAGC